UAAUUCAUGCCGUUAGGCUGAUCCUGCACGUGUUUCUGGAACUUUCACCUGGCAGCUAGUCUUAUUGCCGGAGUUAUUUCUCAGAGGUCUUCCUUUUAGGUUUGGCCAUGCUCUCGCUGAUUGUAGCGUUUUCCAAACGUCCAGCUCUUUUGUGACUCGACGUGCAGAAUCAUCUGCAGACUUAGGUAGGACUCGACUCUUAGGCACUUAGAAUUCGGAAGGCUAUCCAACGACGACCAUCUGCAGGUUAGAGCUGCGGUCUCAUAUUUCCAAGCCUAUUUGCAGGGGAGUCACGAAGCCAGUUUUCCGUAGCCAUGGCGGCAGCCAUUCCUACUCGAUGUCCGAUGCUCCGCCAUCACCGUUUCGAAUAAUCAUUUGCUCAUUUGUACAGCGCCUUGAACUGAUCGAUUCGCACCAAUUAGCUGACCCAAUUUGACCGACUCGCACCUUCACUGCCACCAACCGCUUUUCCCCGAAGUCCGAGCAACUAGCGACCAAGGCCAGGAGCAGUUCCUCACGAUGGCGUUCCUCACGGUUCAGGAGUCGCUAACUUGGGCCAUCUUGUUCUGGAUGGUGGCAUUUCUCGUCUCAGCAGCGCUAGUAGGGAUCGUCAUGUACAUGCUCAUCUGCAUAUCGGAUCUUGAGAACGACUUCAUCAACCCUCAUGACGCCGCCAGAAGAGUCAACGGCUUCGUCUUCCCCGAGAUCUCCCUCCAUUCCGGCCUCACCGUCGUCUUCGCCCUCACCGGCCACUGGCUCAUGUUCCUCAUCAACCUCCCUCUCGCCCUCUACCACGUGCACCUAUACAUCCGGAAAGAGCACAUGGUGGAUGUGACAGAAGUCUUCAACCAAAUAAGCGUCCAAAGAAGACGGCAACUAAUCAGAUUCGUCAUCUACCUGACGCUGAUGAUCGCCACAAUUUUCAGGAUGGUGGAGCGUGGUGUGACGGCAGUGAUGGAGAGCCAUGGGGGUGCCAUCCAUGCCAAGGUUCUAGGGAACGUGGCAGGACUCUCCAACAUGUCGACUAUGUAGACAGCAGGCGCCGGAAGGGGAAUCAUUCAUUUGACAGGCACAUACCGUACAUGGACGAAGGUUCUGUACAGAAUACCUGUGUAACAGGCAUAUAGAAAGGUUGCCGAAUGUGCUACUAUGCGGAGACUUAAUCCUGAGCUAGGUAGGUGUCAGAAGUUGUGCUAACUUCCCGUGUUAGCAACUAGGAACUCAUGGGCUAGUGGAAAUAGCGAGCGUUGCUAUGCUCACUCCUUAGGUGUGACAAUAGUCACGGUAUACUACUAUUAACAUGCCCCAAUGGAU